UUUUGAUCCUGUUUGAUUGAAAAGGAUUCUUUAUAUUUAUUGUUGUAAUUUGUUUCUUAUUUUCACUUGUUUUAACAUGAACAAUAACUUCAAUAGUUCUAAUAACUUUUCUACUGAUAAUAACAAUAGCAAACAUAUUAAUAAAAGUGAACUUUCAGUUAACCGUAAUACUGUUAAAUCAGAUAACAUCAACUCAUCAUAUGGUUUUAAUGCUAAUGAAGGUAAUCACAAUGGUAUAAAGCAAGCGCAUCAUAUGCUCAAAAAGAAAUUACCGAGUUUUUUGAUAUCUUCUUCAUCUUUAAGAAAUAAAAGUUUCAAUCGAUCACAUAUAAAAACCAGGCCGAAAUUCAAAAAUGAACAAAGUUCAAAAGUUAUUCCAGCUGCCAAUUCAAUCAUUGUCAACGAUAAUGCAAAAAAAGUGACCAAUACUUUGAGUAAAAUAAAAAUUGAAGACAAUAGUAAAAAGAACUACAAUUAUUUUAAUUUGAAAUUUGCUAAUAAAAAUGAAAUCAACGAUUUAAAAUUUAAUUUAAUGAAAUUUAAUUCAAAGAAUAAAAUUGAUCCAAUGAGUGAUUUUUUAAAGCCAAUAAGAUUGAAUAGAAAAGACCCUAAUAAUUUGCAAUUUCAAUUAUCUAGAAAGGAAAUUGAUGAAAUGAAUAAAAAUAAUAACAAAAUCUCAAAUGAUGAUAAUGAUAAUAACAACAAAGAUUUAAAUGAUAUUGAUAAGAAUAAUAAUGAUAAUGAUAAUAAUGAUAAUAAUGAUAAUAAUAAUAAUAAUGUAAUUGAUAACAAUAAGGAUGAAAUUAUUAGAAAUAAUCAUUUGGUUAACAACCAUAGUGAAAGUGAGCAUAGAAAUAAAAUUUCUGAUAAAAAGUUAGAUUUUACAAACCAAAGUAGUGAUGGGAUUAGUAUGAACAAUGAAACAUUAAAUGAAACAUUGAAUGAAACUAACUCUAAGAAUGUAAAUGAAUUUAAUCCUGCUAUUAAAAAAAGAGCCAAAAAAAAAUUUAAAGAAGUAAAAAUUUUCCCAGAAGAUCAAAGAAAGUUGCAUUAUGAAGAGUAUUAUCCCUGGGUCAUGGAAGAUUAUGAUGGAAAACAUACCUUUGUGGGAAAUUAUGAAGCUGGUUCCUCAAUUUCGAAAAACUUGUUUUUAUUUUUCCUUGAUAAUAGUGACCCAAACUUGCCAGGUUUUAAAAUAUUGCCAGUUUCCAAAGUUUAUAAAUUCAAUCAAAAAAAUUUAUAUCCUAUUUUAACUUUAGAAGAGGCUGAGCUACAAUUAGAAAAAUUGAAGAAAAGCAAAGAAUUGAUUAACCAAAAAUGGACAGUAAAUGAUUUAAGAAAUGAAGAAGACUUUAAAAACUUAAAUAUUAAUAAAAGAGUAUCUACAAGAAUAUUGUAUAACAAUAUGUAUAACAACAAUUCUGGUAUUAAUAGCUCGAAUAAUUCAAAUCAUAUGAUUUCAAAUAAUGAAUCAUUACUUGCUUCGAAUAAAAGUAAAUUAAAAACAGUUAUUACGACUGAUAGAUUUGACGAUGAUGAUGAUGAUGAUGAUUAUGGAAAUCGAUUUAGAUCGGUAAACAGAGAUUAUGAUAAUGAUGAAUUAGAUUAUGAGGAAGAGUUUGCAGAUGAUGAGGAAGCGCCAAUAAUGGAAGGUGAUGAUGAGGAAGAAAAAGAAGCAAGGAAAAGAAUUGAAAGAGAAAUGAGAAAUGCCAACACCUUUCAAGGAUUAGCAGAUAAUGACUCGGAUGAUAGUAAUUACAAUAGUGGUCUUAAUAGAAACAACAACAAGUCCAUCAAUAAUGAAAUUGAUUUAAUUACUGGAGAAAUCAAAGUCAAUACGGGGUUUAAGAAAUUUAAUAAGGAUGGUGAGAAAAUUAGAAGAACUUUAAUGAAAACAAGCAUUGGGGGAAUCAAUUAUGAGAGCGAUGAUGAAGAAAAUCCUUAUUUAUCUUCAUCUGAUUAUGAGGAUGAUGAAGACGACGAAGAGUUUCAAGAUAACAAUAAUAAUAACAACAAAAAUAAUAAUAAUGAUGAUGAUAAUAAUAAUAAUAACAAUAACAAUAAUAAUAAUAAUAAUACUGAUAAAAAUAGUAACAAUAAAUUUGAUAACGGCUUUUCUAAGAAAAACCAUAAAGAAGAUUUAAUUCCAAGGUUAUAUGUCAAAAAAAUUAAUUUAAAUAAUUAUAAUAAAUUAAAUAGUAUAGUUACUGUUAAAUUCACAUCAUAUUCCAUUAAUCUUUUAAAGGAGUUUCCGAAGGGUGAAUGGAACUUAUCAAGGCCAAUCUCAAGUGUUGUUUAUCAGCCUAAAAAUGACGAUAAUAAUCCAAGUAACAAAUCCAAGAAAAGAUCCUCCAGCAUGAUGCUUGAUAAAAACACCAUGGGAAAAGACCAAGCACGUCAAAGCAGUACUGGGGUUAAAAAAAUCAAAGGAGAGAACAAUUCACACACACCCUCAGUUUCUCCUUCGCCAGAUGCUGAUUUUAACGGGCAAAUAGACAAAGACUUUAUCAUCAGAUUUGUCAAGGACAAUCCAACAGUGCUGGAGUUUGCCAAAAGACUCAAGCCAUAUCUUAACGGUGAAAACGAGACGAAGAACAGAGAAAUACUCACUGACUUCAUGAAGAACCACAUUGCGAAAAAAAAUGGGAAACUUUGCAUCAAAUGAGCCUCAACGUCGAGAACAACUUUGUAGAGGCACCCUUUUGCUGCGCAUGCUGCACUCUGCAUGUUCCAUACCAUACAUAUUGAAUACACACUAUGCCUGUUCUUCUGUUGUCUGUUCUUCUGCUGCCCGUUCUUCUGCUGCCUGUGCUGCCUGUGUUGCGUGGUAGUUAAGCCCGGGCAGUGGCUGG